AUGGGAACGAGCCCAAGAGUAUUUUCAAAAGGACUGAUGACGAUGAUUGUUGCGGCCUUCAUUUUCCUUUUGGUCUCGCCUUUUGUUUCCCGUUGUUUGUCUGGAGACAUAGAAUCAGACAAGCAAGCACUGCUUGAGUUCGCAUCUUCUGUUCCUCAUAGUCGCAAACUCAACUGGAACACCACAAUUCCAAUCUGCAGAUCAUGGACCGGCAUCACCUGCUCCAAGAACAACGCCCGUGUUACCGCACUCCGUUUGCCUGGAUCUGGACUCUAUGGACCUUUACCAGAGAAGACUUUUGAGAAGCUUGAUGCCCUCAGGAUCAUUAGCCUGCGAUCCAACAACCUCCAAGGGAACAUUCCAUCUGCCAUCCUCUCUCUUCCUUUUAUCCGGUCGCUCUACUUUCAUGACAACAACUUCUCUGGUACUAUCCCUCCCACUCUUUCGCACCGCCUUGUUAAUCUUGAUCUCUCCACCAACUCGUUAUCGGGCAACAUUCCCGCUAGUCUACGAAACCUUACCCACCUCACCGAUCUCAGCCUACAGCACAAUUCUCUCAGGGGGCCAAUCCCUGACCUCCCUCCUAACCUAAAAUACUUGAAUCUGAGCUUCAAUAACCUUAACGGGUCAGUUCCAUCCUCUGCCAAGUCCUUCCCAGCAUCCUCGUUUCAAGGCAAUAGCCUUUUAUGCGGCGGUCCUCUAACUCCUUGCCUAGAGAACACCACUGCACCAUCACCAUCACCAUCAUCAUCACCAUCAGCUUCCCCGGCUCCACCAACUAAAGCUCCUGGUACAACCAAAAGAGUUCUCUCCACUGCAGCUAUUGUCGGCAUUGCAGUUGGAGGUUCGGUUCUGUUGUUUAUCAUUCUUGCCAUCAUAACGCUUUGCUGUGCCAAGAAAAGAGAUGGCGGGCAAGACAGAACCACGGUGGUGGUGAAGAGGCUGAAGGAAGUGGCAGCUGGGAAAAGAGAGUUUGAGCAGCAGAUGGAAGCUGUGGGGAGGAUCAGUCCACACGAUAAUGUAGCUCCUCUUCGUGCUUACUACUUCUCAAAAGACGAGAAAUUGCUCGUGUAUGAUUACUACCAAGGGGGCAAUUUCUCCAUGCUUCUUCAUGGAAACAACGAGGGAGGAAGAGCGGCGUUGGACUGGGAAACAAGGUUAAAGAUCUGUUUGGGAGCUGCAAGAGGAAUUUCUCACAUUCAUUCUGCAUCUGGUGCUAAACUCCUCCAUGGAAACAUCAAAUCACCAAAUGUCCUCUUAACCCAGGACCUCCAUGUCUGUGUCUCAGAUUUCGGUAUAGCUCCAUUGAUGAGCCAUCACACCUUGCUUCCAUCGAGAAGCUUAGGGUACAGAGCACCGGAGACCAUAGAGACCCGGAAACACACCCAGAAAUCGGACGUGUACAGCUUUGGUGUACUGUUGCUGGAAAUGCUGACAGGGAAAGCAGCCGGGAAGACGACGGGGCAUGAGGAAGUGGUGGAUCUGCCAAAAUGGGUGCAGUCGGUGGUGAGAGAGGAGUGGACUGGAGAAGUGUUUGACGUAGAGCUGAUAAAGCAGCAACACAACGUUGAGGAAGAGAUGGUGCAGAUGUUGCAGAUAGCAAUGGCUUGUGUGUCAAAGCAUCCAGAUUCUAGGCCUUCCAUGGAGGAAGUGGUUAACAUGAUGGAGGAGAUUCGGCCUUCUACAGGUUCUGGUCCUGGUUCUGCCAACAGAGCCUCUUCCCCGGAGAUGAUCAGAAGCUCUGAUAGUCCGGAGCUCAAGGAUCUGCAGAAGGAUCCUCCUUCUAACUGCAGCGCAGGUCCUGUGGCAGAGGACAUGUUCCAUUGGCAAGCAACUAUAAUGGGACCCCCUGACAGUCCCUAUGCCGGAGGAGUCUUUUUGGUUUCCAUUCAUUUUCCUCCGGAUUAUCCUUUCAAGCCGCCAAAGGUGUCUUUCAAAACUAAGGUGUAUCACCCAAACAUCAACAGCAAUGGAAGCAUCUGCCUUGAUAUCCUCAAAGAACAAUGGAGUCCUGCUCUUACCAUAUCCAAGGUUUUGUUGUCGAUUUGCUCAUUGCUGACUGACCCGAACCCAGAUGAUCCUCUUGUCCCGGAGAUAGCUCAUAUGUACAAGACGGACAAAUCCAAGUACGAGUCAACUGCGCGAAGCUGGACACAGAAGUACGCCAUGGGAUGAUAACACUCGAGUGGUUCCGAGUAGACAAGUGAACGGUCUGUUGUUAUUUCACAUGAUGGUAUAAAACUUAACAAGUAAUGCACUUUAUUGGGUUUGGCAAAAACACUAGCAUGUGGUCACUAUCGAACAAACUAGGCUGCCCUUUCUCUUCUCUUCUCUUCUCAUCCCUAUUAACUCUAUUUUAAUUUUUUGGUCUACUUUCUAAUCUCAUGUUUCCUACGAAAAUUACGAGUGAUUACAUUACUAAACUGUGUUUAUUGUGGUUCGGCCACAAUUUUUCUUACAAAAAGAUUUUAUAUCACAA